AUGCUCACGUGCAUCGCCUGCUCCAGGCAGCUCGGCGGCGGGGUGCCGCCGCUGCACGAGCCGCCGGAGGACGAGGACGUCGUCGAUGCCGGCGUCGGCGUGGGCGGCGCUGCCACGCCCAGCACCCGGCAGGCCAUCAAGGCGCUCACGGCGCAGAUCAAGGACAUGGCGCUCAAGGCGUCGGGCGCGUACCGGCACUGCAAGCCCUGCGCCGGCUCCUCGGCGGGGUCCUCGGGGCGGCACCACCCGUACCACCACCGCGGCGGCAGCGGCUUCCGGGGCUCCGACGCCGCCUCGGGCUCCGACCGCUUCCACUACGCCUACCGGCGCGCUGCGGGCGGGGGCUCUAGCGGGGAGGCCACGCCAUCCAUGAGCGCGCGCACCGACUUCCCCGCCGGCGACGAGGAGGAGGAAGAGGAGGAGGACGGGAUGUCAUCUGGCGGCGGCGGCAAGGAGGACAACGCCAAGGAGUGGGUGGCGCAGGUGGAGCCCGGCGUCCUCAUCACCUUCGUCUCGCUGCCGCAAGGUGGCAACGACCUCAAACGCAUCCGAUUCAGCCGUGAGAUGUUCAACAAAUGGCAAGCGCAAAGAUGGUGGGCUGAAAACUAUGACAAAGUCAUGGAACUUUACAACGUGCAGAGGUUUAACCAUCAAAGUGUUCCUCUCCCUACUACUCCAAAGUCUGAAGAUGAGAGCUCCAAGGAGGACAGCCCGGUAACACCACCACUGGACAAGGAGCGAGUACCUCGUUCUUUACAGAGACCAACAUCGGGAGGCGGAGCGAUGGGUUACUCUUCAUCUGAUUCUCUUGAGCACCAUUCUAACCACUACUGUAACGGUCUCCACCCUCACCAUGGGCACCAGUGCUAUGAUUCAGUGGGACUGGCAUCGACACCGAAGCUGUCAAGUAUAAGUGGGGCCAAGACAGAAACGUCAUCGAUGGAUGCGUCAAUGAGGACGAGUUCAUCUCCAGAAGAGGUCGACAGGUCCGGUGAGCUCUCAGUGUCCAUCAGCAACGCGAGCGACCAAGAGAGGGAAUGGGUUGAGGAAGACCAGCCUGGUGUAUAUAUUACCAUCCGGGCUUUGCCUGGUGGCAUCAGAGAACUCCGCCGUGUUCGAUUCAGCCGAGAGAAGUUCAGCGAGAUGCAUGCGAGGCUAUGGUGGGAGGAGAAUCGAGCGAGGAUACAUGAACAGUACCUCUGA